CCUGAGCUCGUCGCCGCGGCGCUCGGCAAAGAGGUCCUCAUGUUCCGCCAAGUGCUGGCCAGCCGCUGGUCGCCCCGCACGUGGCCCCUCGUGGCUGCCCUGCUGCUCCCACAGAAGGAGAGGAAGGACACCGGCCUCCGUCAUUGGCGGCGGGAGAAACACCCUUACUACAAUCUCACCGUGAAAAUUCUCCGAGCGAGAAACAUUCAAGGAACAGAUUUGUUGUCCAAAGCAGACUGCUAUGUGGAAUUGAGUCUUCCAACAGCAUCCCCUGUCAUUUACCGAACUCGGGUUAUUGACAAUUGCAGUGAUCCAGAAUGGAAUGAAACUUUUCAGUAUAGAAUCCACAAUGCUGUUAAGAAUACGCUGGAGCUGAAACUCUUUGACAAAGAUGUUCUUAUAAGUGAUGAACUUACAUCUCUUGUGUUUGACGUAACAGGACUUGAAGCAGGUCAUCCUUUGAAACAGUGUUUCAAGUUAAAAGAGGACAAGGAAGAAUUGGAAGUUGAAUUUUUUCUGGAGAAAAGUUCAGAUGCUCCUGGUGAAGUUAUCACAAAUGGAGUCCUUGUGGCUUAUCCUUGUCUUUCCUUGCAAGGGGUGAUCAAACAAGAUGAAAAGUCAAAGCUAAGAGAACAAGGAAGCAGUGAGUUCAAGCUUUCACUUCCAGGAUCAUGUGAAAAACAGUUACAUGUCCCCUGCAAGCCAGAUUCUAACCAGAAUGAUGAGGUUCCGUUUGUUUUUCAUGUUGGCAAAGAGAUAUGUUCAGAAUUGGGUGUGGAGUUGGAGAGAACAAUUACAGUUCUUCAGGAUGGAGUGAGUCCUGAUGUUGAAGAGCAUAGCACAGUUCUUGGCUCAGGAGCUGUUCCUGUUCAGUCACUUCCUCUGGGAAAGGAAACUAAUAUGAUUCUUCCACUUGGAAAGGGGCUAAAUAUCGAUCUGCAGCUGAAAGCUGAACAAAUGAUAAAAGACCUUGAUGUACGUCUUGGUUUUGAUCUGUGUAAAGAAGAGCGAGAGUUUUUGGAGAAGAGGAAACAAAUAGUAUCUCAGGCACUAAAAAAGAUUCUCAAACUGAGAGAGGAUCCUAGUAAAGAUGAGGUUCCUGUUGUUGCAGUCCUGGGAUCUGGUGGAGGGAUGAGAGCAUUGACAGGAUUUUCUGGCAGCCUGUGGGGGCUUCAGCAGUUAAAUCUUCUGGAUUGCUCUACAUACCUCUGUGGUGUCUCUGGAUCUACAUGGUCCAUGUCAAUGUUAUAUCAAGAUUCUGAAUGGUCGUGUAAAGAUCUCAGAGGUGCCAUCAAAAACGGCCAGGAGAAAGUGUCCUGCAGUAAAGUAGGAGCUUUUACUUCAGAGAGGCUGAAGUAUUACUUCCAAGAACUGAAUGCAAUGGAGAAUGCUGGACGAAAUGUGUCUUUCACAGACCUGUGGGGACUCAUUGUAGAAUACUUCCUGCAGCAGAAGGAAGACCAAUCCAAAUUGUCUGAUCAGCAGGAAGCUGUGAAGCAUGGGCAGAAUCCCUACCCCAUCUAUGCAGCUAUUAAUGUGAGGCCCAAUGUUAGUGGUGACGACUUUGCAGAAUGGUGUGAAUUUACUCCCUUUGAGGUUGGAUUCCGCAAGUAUGGUGCUUUUAUUCGAACAGAAGACUUUGACAGUGAGUUUUUCAUGGGACAUCUGAUUAAGAAACAUCCUGAGCCAAGGAUCUGCUACCUACAGGGGAUGUGGGGCAGCGCGUUUGCUGCAAGUCUGGAUGAUGUCUUUUUGAAGGUGGUUGGUUCUGGACUGAGCUUUCUAGAAUCUCUGGGUGAUGUUGUCAAGGUUAUUGAUGACUGUCGACGGUUCCACUUCAGAGACCCGAUGAGGCUGAAAACACGUAUGGUUAUAUCAGGUGGACCUUUGCUACAAAUUUUCCAGGAUUUCUUCAAGUCUCGUGUUACUGCUGGAGAAACUUUCAAUUUCAUGCAAGGCUUGCAUCUUCACAAGGAUUAUGUCAGCCUAAAGAAGUUUGUGGCCUGGAAAGGUACCCACCUAGAUGCUUUUCCGAACCAGUUGACUCCAAUGGAAGAGAACUUAUAUUUAGUGGAUGGGGGCUUUUCUAUCAAUUCUCCCUUUCCCUUAGCGCUUGAGCCAGAAAGAGAUGUUGAUGUCAUCCUGUCAUUCAAUUACUCUUGGGAGGCACCAUUUGAGGUUCUAGAGUUGACUCAAAAGUACUGCAGUGAACGUGAAAUUCCCUUCCCCCCAAUUAUUGUGAACAAAGAUGAUGUUGAAAACCCCAAAGAAUGUUAUAUAUUUAUGGAUGCCAAGAAUCCAAAGGCCCCUAUCAUCUUACACUUCCCUCUAGUUAAUCAUACAUUCCGUAAAUACAAAGCACCAGGAAUAGAACGUGAAUCCGAUGAAGACAAAUCCUAUGGUGAUUUCACAGUUGAGGGAAAAGAUUCACCAUAUCGGACACUAAACUUCACCUAUGAAUCCCAUGAAUUUGACAAAUUAGUAGAACUGAGUUGCUAUAAUGUAUUAAAUAACAAGGACAUUAUAUUAGAAGCGCUCCAUUUAGCUUUAAGUAGGCGAAAGCUUAAAAAAAAAGACACAAACUGGACACUAAUGAACUGUGAGUUUCCAUUGGUAUACCGUUUCCCUGAAAAUAAGACCUAACCUGAAAUAAGCCCUAGUAUGAUUUUUCAGGAUGCUUGU